AUGUUUGGCCUUCUAUCAAAACUGCUUUCCUCCAUCGCAACCUUCCUCUUCCCCGUAUUCGCGUCGUACAAGGCCCUCAAAGCAAACGAUCCAUCACAGCUUACGCCAUGGCUGAUGUACUGGGUUGUUAUUGGAAUCAUCACCGUGGUUGAGUCAUGGACAGGUUGGAUCCUGUGCUGGCUUCCAUUCUACCAAGAGAUCCGUGCUGGUUUUAUGAUGUGGCUAGUCCUUCCACAGUUCCAGGGCGCCACGAGACUUUACGUAGAACAUGUCCACCCUACGCUUGAGGCUCACGAGAAGGAGAUUGAAGACCUUAUCACCCGAACUCACGACCAAGCCAAGGCUGCGGGAAUUGACUACAUCCGAAAACUUAUCCACAUGGCCAGGGAGCAGCUGUUUGGACCUUUGCCAGAAGGCUCGGAAGCAAAGAUGCAGCCACUCUCCCAAGACGCGGCUUCAUUUGUCACAAAUUUGUUCUCAAAGUGGAACGUUGCACCAAUCGCCUCGGGCGCCCCUCAAAGGGCUACAGAGUUCUACCAAUUCCUUUCUUCGGCACUUCAGCAGCAAACCCCAGAGGGAGGGCCAGCUGGAACACCGCACCCCGCAAAUACUGCGACUCUGAUUCCUGCAUCUAUCGAAGGGAAGGAAGAAAAGGCACGUUUCAUUGAGAUGCAGAAGGAGAAAUUGAAGACACUCAUGGCUGCGCUGGAACAAGAGGCGGAAACAAACCGAGUUUCUGGGGAUGCAAGCCACACUAGUGUUGCAGCAGUUCUUGACAAUGCGUCUGAUGCCAACAAAGCAAAUGUUUCGAGGUCACCAAGCUCUGGAAAUAUGGCUGGUGACUUCGACCAUGUAACAAUGAGCGAUGCCGAGAAGGAGGGCCUUACAUUCAUUGGCACUCCAAGGACUGGUGGGUGGUUUAGUUGGGGCGGUAAACCAGUAGCAGGCCCCGCCGGCGGCGAGAGGAAAGAACACAACGAGUAG